AGCGGCGUCGGCAGAGGCGUCAGCUCCGGCGUCCCCGCAGCGAUGGCGCUGAGGCGGCCGCGGCGCGCGCGGAAGCAGGCCGGCUCGGGCUGAGACGGACCGAUCGAGCGACGGAUUGACGGACCGGCCAGCGCCGAGCCCUCGAUGGGGGCGCAGCAGCCCGCGGGAAAAAAGGGGGGAAAUACCGAGGUUAUGGUGAGGUCAACCAGCUGCGCCAGCAAGUGGGGAAACUCUGGACUGCCUUGAUGACCCGCUUCGCACUGCGUUAAUAUUCCAGUCUCUUUGCAUUCCAUUCGGGGAAGCUCUUCUCAGAACUCUGCUCCUCUCUCAUUAGGCAGCUGCUGCGAGCAAAGAGUGAAAUGGCGAGACAUCAAUGACUCUCAGUGUACAGCAGAGUGCUCUAUCAGCCUGCCCUGUGAAUAGCACUGUCACUUUAAUAAUUCCAUGUCGAGGGAUUGCUUUCAAUCCUCUUGGGCUUAAUACAAGUAAGGAUCAGAGGGACAUUAAAGGCCAGAAGGCAGGUGGAGAAAAUAAAAAUGAAAGUGACUGAUGUUUGGGUAACCAAGUGAAGCCAGGGAGCUUUUUUCCAGUAUGCCGAAGACCCUGGUAUACACCCAGAGCUGUAUCUAACUGGCAAAAGUCAGCUGUGAAUGCAGCACAUAAAGUCCCUCUGAACGGCUUCUGUCUUCCUCAGAAAUUUAUUUGGAUUAUUUGAGAACCGAUUUGAAGGUUAGGUGGUGUCGGAAGGUGUUGAAAUGGAUUAUUAGGACUGCCAAGACUUGGACCGUGCCUUAAUUGUCUUUCCUACAUUCACUUAACUUCUGCAAAAUCAAACAAACCAAACCCUUGGCUGUGACAAGAGGGAUUCUUAUACACUUUUGUAGGAUGAUGGGUGUUUUCUCUUGUAUAUUUUUAUAGAUUGGGAAAUAUUUUACAGAUUUUGACAACUGCUUUGGCAAAAAUUCUCUCAACUUUUUGCUUCCUCCCCUUGGUAUUCCACUGGGUGGUGUUGGAAGUUUUUCAUUGGAGAAAACGGUGAGCACCACUGUGGGAAAUGAAGAUUUAGUCCUGUUUCUAAGCUGAACUAAGUGUUUCGCAUCGGAUGACAGAUUUCUGACCUCACAAGACAAUCCCAGCGGGACUCUGUGUUGAUACCGGUAAAUAAGUGCUUGCAUCCAGUGCCAGAAAUAACUCCGAGAAUGCCAGUCAAGAAGAAAGACACUGAUCGAGCUUUAGCACUUCUGGAAGAUUAUUGUAAGAAGCUAAAAAAGCCAGAGGAGCAACAACUGAAAAAGGCCAUUAAGAAGGUGAUGGGCAUCUUCAAAAGCAGUUUGUUCCAGGCACUGCUAGACAUCCAAGAAUUUUAUGAAGUGACACUACUAAACUCCGAGAAAAGUUGCCAGGAAAAAAUAGAAGAGACAAAUCAGGUUGCAGAGAAAUGGGAGAAGACACAGUCUCUGGUCACAGACAAUGGAAGUCAAAACAACGCCCAGGAGGCUGCAGCUUCGAAUGGGCCAGACAGAUGGGCAACUUCCAAAAAGCAGGAUAAGGGGAACCAGGCUUCUGAUCAGCAUUCCAAAGAUCAAACCGCAAAGCAAAGCCACACUCGGUGCCCGGCUCACAAGUGUUCUGUUGAAUCACCUGGAUGGAUACCAGUGCAGCACAUGAAGUACCGCUACCAAGAUGAAGAUGUGCCACAUGAUCAUACUUUACCUCGUUUAACCCAUGAAGUGAGGGGGCCAGAACUAGUUCACAUUUCCGAAAAGAAUUUGUCACAGAUAGAAAACGUCCACGGAUAUGUCCUGCAGUCUCACAUCUCCCCGUUGAAGGCCAGCCCUGCUCCUAUAAUUGUCAACACGGAUACAUUGGACACAAUUCCCUAUGUCAAUGGCACAGAGAUUGAAUAUGAAUUUGAAGAAAUUACAUUGGAAAGGGGUAAUUCUGGUCUGGGCUUCAGUAUUGCAGGAGGAACAGAUAACCCGCACAUCGGGGAUGACCCUGGAAUAUUUAUUACUAAGAUUAUACCAGGAGGAGCUGCAGCAGAGGAUGGACGACUCAGAGUCAACGACUGCAUCUUGAGAGUGAAUGAGGUCGAUGUCUCGGAAGUUUCGCACAGCAAAGCUGUUGAAGCGCUCAAGGAAGCGGGCUCUAUAGUGCGGUUGUACGUCCGCCGAAGAAGACCUAUUCUGGAAACUGUUGUCGAAAUCAAACUGUUCAAGGGACCCAAAGGUCUGGGGUUCAGCAUUGCUGGCGGCGUGGGGAACCAGCACAUUCCCGGAGACAACAGUAUCUACGUUACUAAAAUUAUUGAUGGAGGAGCAGCACAGAAGGAUGGGAGGUUGCAGGUUGGAGACAGGCUCCUUAUGGUAAAUAAUUACAGUUUAGAAGAAGUAACGCACGAAGAAGCAGUAGCAAUAUUGAAGAACACAUCUGAUGUAGUUUAUUUAAAAGUUGGAAAGCCAACCACCAUUUAUAUGACGGAUCCUUAUGGCCCGCCAGAUAUUACACAUCCAUACUCCCCGCCUAUGGAAAACCAUAUACUGUCUUCAGGCAACAACGGCACUUUAGAAUACAAGGCAUCUUUGGCCCCGAUUUCGCCAGGAAGAUAUUCGCCCAUCCCAAAGCACAUGCUAGUGGAAGAUGACUAUACCAGGCCUCCUGAACCCGUUUACAGCACUGUGAACAAAUUCUGUGAUAAGCCACCUUCUCCUAGGCACUAUUCCCCUGUCGAGUGUGACAAAGGGUUCCUCCUUUCAGCUCCCUAUUCCCACUACCACCUAGGCCUGCUCCCUGACUCUGAGAUCAACAGUCAUUCGCAGCACAGUACAGUCAAAAGGCCACCCACAGUAAGCAUACAGCGGAGUAUUUCUAUAGAAGGAGAACCUCGAAAAGUUGUUCUGCACAAGGGCUCGACAGGGCUUGGUUUCAACAUCGUAGGAGGAGAAGAUGGUGAAGGCAUUUUUGUCUCCUUCAUCCUAGCGGGUGGACCAGCUGACCUCAGUGGGGAGCUGCAGAGAGGAGAUCAAAUUUUAUCUGUGAAUGGAAUAGAUCUUCGUGGUGCUACCCAUGAGCAAGCAGCUGCUGCCCUCAAAGGAGCAGGCCAGACUGUGACAAUCAUAGCACAAUACCAGCCAGAAGAGUACGCUCGGUUUGAGGCCAAAAUCCAUGACCUGCGUGAGCAGAUGAUGAAUCACAGCAUGAGUUCGGGGUCGGGCUCCCUGCGAACCAAUCAGAAGCGUUCCCUCUAUGUCAGAGCCAUGUUUGACUAUGACAAAAGCAAAGACAGUGGCCUUCCGAGCCAAGGACUCAGCUUCAAGUACGGUGACAUCCUGCACGUGAUCAACGCCUCCGACGACGAGUGGUGGCAAGCGAGGAGGGUGAUGCUGGAAGGGGACAGCGAAGAGAUGGGAGUUAUUCCCAGCAAAAGGAGGGUUGAAAGAAAAGAGAGAGCUCGUUUAAAGACAGUGAAGUUCAACUCAAAGCCCGGUGUGAUUGAUGCAAAAGGGGACUUCCCCGGAUUAGGUGACGACGGUUAUGGAACAAAGACUCUGAAACAUGUUUCUUCUCAUGCCAGCGACAGCGAAAGUAGCAACAGGGGACAAGAGGACUGCAUUCUCUCCUACGAACCUGUAACGAGGCAAGAAAUAAAUUACACCAGACCAGUUAUUAUCCUCGGUCCAAUGAAAGAUCGGAUCAAUGAUGAUUUGAUAUCUGAAUUUCCUGACAAAUUUGGCUCCUGUGUACCACAUACAACUCGGCCAAAGCGUGAUUAUGAAGUGGAUGGGAGAGAUUACCAUUUUGUCAUCUCGAGAGAACAAAUGGAAAAGGACAUCCAAGAGCACAAAUUCAUAGAGGCCGGACAGUACAAUGAUAAUCUCUAUGGAACCAGCGUGCAAUCCGUGAGAUUUGUGGCAGAAAGGGGCAAGCACUGUAUACUCGACGUAUCGGGAAAUGCCAUAAAACGACUACAAGCGGCCCAGCUUUACCCCAUUGCUAUCUUCAUUAAGCCUAAAUCGUGGGAGCCGUUGAUGGAAAUGAAUAAACGCUUCACAGAGGAGCAAGCCAAAAAAACAUAUGAUCGAGCAAUGAAAUUAGAACAAGAAUUUGGAGAAUAUUUUACAGCUAUUGUCCAAGGAGAAACCUUAGAAGAUAUAUAUAACCAAUGCAAGCUUGUAAUCGAAGAACAAUCUGGGCCUUUCAUCUGGAUUCCUUCCAAGGAAAAGCUAUAAAUUAGCCAAUUCACCUCUGAUCAUGGCAGAAGAGUAUUUAGAAGAAAACAUAAUCCUAUCUUAUUUGGACGCUUUUGGGGAGGGGUGAUUUUUUGGGGGGAGGGAAGGGAGUUACUUUUAUGUUUCUUGCAGUCAAUGUGAAUUUUUUCUGAAUGUACAACACGAAGUGUUCGAAGCCAUGGACAAACACUGGUUUGGUCAUAAAGGGUAGAGAAAAAGAAAAGCCUAAACAAGAAGACGACUUUUGCCAUAUAAACAAAACAAAAACGGUCACUGUGUGCUCACCACACCUUCACAGGGACAGAUAUAUGGCGCAGAGGCCCACUGUCCAAGAGAGCUGGCCGGCAUCUCUGCCUACAUCCCAAAUCUGUAUUCUUGGCUCAGUUCGGUGUGUUUUUAUUGAUUGCUUUGAAGAAGAAGUCCCCAGCACUCUUGGUCCUGCAAGGAGCUCUGGCUUCCAAUCGGUAAGAUGGGAGUUUGAAGCAAAGAUGGAGGAAACUUGUUCUUAGCUGGUUCUCUAGACGAGAAGCAAAGUACCUUGCACCUUGCAGGAUAGUAUCCUACAUAACCCGAUCCAUUAUCUGCUGAACUCCACAAAGACCUUGAAUGCUUUUUUCUGGAAGUUGGGGCUGGUUUUGCUCAUAGCACAUUUCUAUUUGCUACACCUUAACUUUCAUAUAACUAUGCACAUCUCUCCCUCCCUCCCCCCCUCCCUCCCUCCCUCCCUCCCCCAGUCUCUUUCUUCCUGAAACUGUUCUGGAGCAUUAUCUUUCCUACCACUUCAGACCCACCAUUUCACUUGGUUCACAAUGACAAUGAGAUGCGGUGGGAAGUGAAGCAUUCAUGCCAAACACACGUCAAACCGUGGGAGUCCAGGGUACUUAAACUUGACGAAAAGGGGUACAACUGGGGAAAAGCUUUACAUUUUAUUUUAAUUGUCUAUAUUAUCAUUUAUAUAAAGAUAGAAAGGCACUUAAAGAUGGAAUAAUUUAUUAAAGAAUCUAUAUUGAUGUAUAGGCGCUAAUUUCUAUAGGCGACAAAAUAUUUUGUGAGAUAUUUUGUAAAGAUUAAGUAAUUGAAAGGUGAACUAUUUUUCACCCUUGGCUGGCUGUAAAAUGCAAAGUGGGGGUUUCAAGUUGCACUAUCCCAAUAUUGUUAUUUUUAGAGGAUUCCUGAUAAUAUUAUUUCUUUGCAUUCUAGAUGUUCUUUUUCCUUUCCUGGGCCUAGUUCUCAUCUCUUCUUCUUGUUUACUUUUGUCAUUUCAGCUCCUAUGUGAAGCACUCUUAAAAUAUACUUAGGACGAAAGAAAUGUAUUUCUUAAUUAAAAUAGAUUCCCCCACCCAACAAAUACAAUAUCAGUGGCUUGAAUGCGAUUUUCAUUUUCAGAGAUAUAUAGGUAUAGGAAGAAAGCCAACAUUGCAAACUCUCUUCCAAGCUUUUCCCAAACCGUGUUACUGAAACUGCCAAAAGCAACAGUGCAGUUUUGCUGGCAAGCCGCUGAUAAGAAUGGGUCCAAGAAAUCCUUGGAUCAGCUGCCCUGAUGUGCAUUGGCUUCCCCAACCUUCCCUCCCACAGCUCCCUGAAAAUGCCACCCGGAGACUCAGAAAACUUUGCCGGCUGGGGUGAGCUGUGUCCUGGGGGGACAGGUGAUCCCCAAAUCUGUUAGACAAACUCUCAGCAAGUAGACUCCUUCCUCUUAUUUUGCAGAAAGGAAAUCCUGAAUCCAACCAAAAAUGUUUGUUUCGCAGCCACCAGUAGCUGGUAAAGCUGCAAGUGGAAGCUUCCCAUUUCUGAGAGUAGAUGGUGGGUGUCAGUCUGCAAAAGUUAAUUUUGGGCUACAUGGAUCCACAGUGUGUGGUUAAUUUUAUUUUUCAUGUCCAACAUUAUGGCUCUGUAGAAGUCCAGCAGCUCUCUCGUCUGAUCACAGAAAGCUGAGAAUCAGCUUCAGCUGCGGUCCUAAACCCACUUUGCCCAGGAGUAACUCCCAUUGACUAGAAUAGGACUGACUUCUGAGACGUCGUGUACAGGAUUGCUCGCUCUACUGUACAGAGACACUAGCAGUGCGAUCCUAUACAUAUACACUCAGAAGUAAAUUCCACUGAGUUCAACAGGGCUUACACCCAGUUCAGUGAGCACAAGCUUUGCAGGAAGAACCUUCCAAGGUUUCAGGAGUUUUGACUGUCGCAAGCAGCCACUCAAACAAUUAAGCCACUGCCUGGAGAAUAGGGCAUUCUCAUCUUCUUUGUUGUAUAAGCUUUCCAGGCCAGUGAUCUCUAAGCUAUCUUUCUCUGCUAGGCUAUUUUUUAGUGGGGAGAAAAAGUGGCCCUUUCAGAUCAGUCACCUUACAGCUUUUCUUUGGCAAAUUCAACCUCUCUAUAUAAUGGCUUCCAUUUGUAACUGCAGUUGCAAAAACAUCUUAUUUCCCCACUACACACCUCAACUCUUGAUAAAACCUCUUUUUGCAAACAACGGUUCAGGCUUCGAAUGAUACGAUCCAGAGAAAAGUCAGCAUUGCUGACCCAUGGGGAAAGUACAGAUUCACCAUGCCUUUAAAUCCCACUAGUUUCCAUACCUGGAUUGGAAAUUAAGCUCCUGAAAUAGAAGUCGAUGGCUUCCCCAUUUAUUUUGAUGGACAGGGCAGUCCUGGGGAAUGUCCUCCUGAGCUGGGAAGCUCCAUUUGUGGGUUGUAGCACCUAUAACUGCAUGGAACAGCUAGAUAAGGACUUUGGGGGCAAUCCUAUGCUUGUUGAGGCAGAAAAAACCCUAAAACUUCUAGCCUCUGCUAAUUGGGGCAGGGAACAUGCUGACAGUUUUCUCUAUCUAAGCAAGCUUCGUAUUCCCCUGAAAUCACUUACUGGUCAGAUAAAAAUAUCGUGGAAUUUUAUUGCAUGACUAUUGCAUUGCAGUUAGAGGCUUGAACGAAUCCAGGGCAGCUUACAAGAUUCUGCUUCUCCCCAUUUUAUCCUCAGAGCAUCCCUGUGAUGUAGGUGAGGCACUGGCUUGAAAGGGUAGAACCGGGCUGAGAAUUACAUAGGUCGGGCUUGCUAAUCUUUUAUGUAGCACUUCUUAAAGAUGCAAGUUGUAAUUUAUAGCUUCAAAACUGACUUGUCCUACAGUAAAAUAAGACAACCUCUUUAUUUGUCUCCAUUUCAUAAAGCCGGGUAGGAGGGAAAAAGAAACGACUAUAAAGGUGUUUAGAGUUAUCAAGAGCAGCUGAUGAGAACAUAAAUUCACACUGUAUUCAUUGCUUGCUUUGCUGAUCACUGGACCUCACUGAAUAAAAGGGUUAGUCUUUCCCCAUGUGUAUCCUAAAUGGGUUGUUAGGGAAAGUAUUAAUAAUAUUUUUUGCUUCAAUCAGGCCAGCUAUAGCUAGAGACAUGCCAAAAAAAAAAUCUCUGGUUCGACUUAUCAAAAUAUUGUUUUCCAAAUCAAAAGGGCUAGAAACUUUUUUCUUAAAAAAGCUAAAACUAAUCAGUGUAGGAAAAGUGAUCUUUGGGGAACGCUCUUCAGGAACCCGUAGGCAAACCCCAGAGUUACUGGAACAAUUGUUCAUGUUUAUGUUGGUGAAACUCUGGGUCAGGAUGCCACCUGAACAGCCUGAAGCAAAAUCUUUCCAUCAUAUAUUCAACUCUGUUUUCAACAUGCAUUAUGGUUUCUUUUGCCUCUCUGUUAAGCAUGCAACCGUUCAAGAGAACUAUCCUACUGGUAAAUGUUUUGUUCUGUCAUGUGCCGUGCUUUCCAGUUUAGCAGUACCACUGUGUCCGAGUACAAUCAAUUUCUCCAUCCA